AGAAGCCGGAGCGGUUGCCUUUCCCCACCUUCUCCCGCCUUUUGUCCCCUCCUUCCCGGGAGGCGGGAACUCUCGGAUCCCGCCUCCUCGGGAAUCCUAAGACUUUCCAAGGACCCUGAAGUGCGGCGGAGAAACGGGGGGGAGGAGGCGGAGGGCGAAGAAGGGGAGCCGCAGCUUAGUGGGGCUGAUUUUUUUUUCCCCCUUCUCCUUCCCUCUCUCUCUCUCUCUCUCUCUCUCUCUCCUCCGUCCCCUCCACCCAGCCCCUCUCGCGAAAAGCACGAUGCUGGUGUUUAUCCUCUCCCGAGCCCGACUCCUUUUUCUCCUCUCGAUCGACUGGCUCCAGGGCGGACAGUUCUCGCCACAGCCGAAUCCCGAGAAUCCCAAUUAGAUGAGCGCGAUCCUCAAGUUUAAUAAAAGUGAAGUCGGGGAAGGCGGUGUGGGGGGAGGAGGAGGAGGGGAGAAAAGAUCUCGGGAGUUUUGACAAUAAACCACCUCUCCUCCCCUCUCCGCCCCCCCCACUCCCCAAGCAACUAGAAGGGAGGACUUUCGCGGGGGGGGGGGGGCCAAGGGGGGUGGAAAGCUUGAUCGCUGCAACGAAGCGGCACAAACCACCAUGCAGCUGGUGUUAUGGGCGGUAGGAUUAAGCACGCUACUCCUGCAAGACUUCUUGAACAGAGCCGGCGCAGCAGCAGCAGCAGCCAGAAAGCAAGGGAGGCAUCUCCGACAAGCCAAACUGCUGGAGACGCUGAGAGAGUACGAGAUUGUGAUCCCGACCCGUGUGAAUGAGCUUGGAGAGCCGUUGUCUACAAAGGUGCACUUUCAGAGAAAGAAACGAAGCCUUCAUUCAGAAGCUGAGCCCUGGAUCCUGGAUGCUCCCUCUUCUCCCAUUGCCUCCUCUUCUUUCAGUACCACCCAAGUGCAUUAUAGACUGCAAGCCUUCGGGCAGCACUUCGUUUUCAACCUUACGGCCCAUUCGGGAUUUAUUGCCCCUCUUUUCACGGUCAGCUUCCUUGGACAACCCGAGGUUAACCAAACAAACUUUUACACCGAGGAGGAAAGUGAUAUUAAGCACUGUUUCUAUAAAGGACAUGUCAACACGGAGCCCCAACAUACAGCAGUCAUAAGCCUGUGUUCUGGGAUGUUAGGCACAUUUAGGUCUCACGAUGGAGAAUACUUUGUAGAGCCGCUCAUAUCACCUGAUCAACAAGAAUAUGAAGAGGAGCAUAAAAAGCCCCAUAUUGUCUACCGGCACAGUGUAUCACCAACAUUCUCACCAAGAAACAAGCAGACCUGUGACAUUUCAGGGCAUGCAAAAAAUCACAGAAACCCUAAAAGACAAAACAGGGCAAAGGAGUGGCCCCCCAAUAGUGUAUUCUCUGACAUAGAGGCUUUGAAACUUGAUUUAGGGCAAUUUCCUGCAUCCAGUAAAAAUAACACUGGCAACAUAAGGAAAAAAAGUAGUCCACGAAGAAUCAAACGAUUUCUCUCCUAUCCUCGAUAUGUGGAAGUUAUGGUGGUGGCAGACAGUCGAAUGGCUUCAUACCAUGGAACUAAUCUUCAGCACUACAUUUUGACAUUAAUGUCCAUAGUAGCAUCUAUAUACAAAGACCCAAGCAUUGGGAAUUUAAUUAAUAUUGUUAUUGUGAAAUUAGCCAUCAUACAUAAUGAACAGGAUGGCCCAGCCAUAUCUUACAAUGCUCAGACAACACUAAAAAACUUUUGCCAAUGGCAGCAAACGCAGAACCAGCUCACUGAAGAACAUCCAGAUAAACAUGAUACUGCUGUAUUGGUGACAAGGCAGGAUAUUUGUAGAGCUCAUGACAAAUGUGAUACUUUAGGUUUGGCUGAAUUGGGUACCGUCUGUGAUCCAUACCGAAGUUGUUCAAUUAGUGAAGACAGUGGACUAAGUACUGCUUUUACAAUUGCACAUGAACUUGGCCAUGUAUUUAACAUGCCCCAUGAUGACAAUAAUAAGUGCAAAGAAGAAGGAGGAAAAAGCCAGCAACAUGUUAUGGCUCCCACCCUCAACUACAACACUAACCCCUGGAUGUGGUCAAAAUGUAGCCGUAAAUACAUCACGGAAUUUCUGGACACUGGAUACGGGGAGUGUUUGCUGGAUGAGCCUUCAUCAAGGACCUACACUUUGCCUCAACAACUUCCUGGUCACAUGUAUGAUGUCAAUAAGCAGUGCGAGUUAAUUUUUGGGCCUGGAGCUAAGGUUUGCCCUUAUAUGCAGAAGCAGUGCAGAAGACUAUGGUGCAUUAAUGAUGACGGAGCACAUAAAGGAUGUCGUACGCAACACACACCGUGGGCAGAUGGGACGGACUGUGGUCUUGGAAAGCAUUGCAAGUAUGGCCACUGUGUUCCCAAAGAGCGAGAAGUACCUAUGACAGACGGGGCUUGGGGCGCAUGGAGCCCCUUCGGAGCUUGCUCACGAACAUGUGGUGGGGGAAUUAAAAAUGCCAUUCGAGAAUGCAACAGGCCUGAGCCAAAAAAUGGUGGAAAAUACUGUGUGGGACGCAGGAUGAAAUUUAAAUCGUGCAACACUGAACCAUGUUCUAAACUAAAGAAAGAUUUCCGUGAUGAACAAUGCGCCGUCUUUGAUGGGAAGCAUUUUAACAUUAACGGUCUACCUCCUAAUGUGCGCUGGGUUCCUAAGUAUAGUGGAAUUUUAAUGAAAGACCGGUGCAAGCUUUUCUGCAGAGUGGCAGGAAAUACAGCUUACUAUCAGCUCAGGGACAGGGUUAUUGAUGGCACCCCUUGUGGCCCAGACACAAAUGACAUCUGUGUACAAGGACUUUGUCGGCAAGCUGGAUGUGAUCACGUGCUCAAUUCCAAAGCCAGAAGGGAUAAAUGUGGUGUGUGUGGUGGCGAUAAUUCAUCAUGCAAAACCAUUGCAGGGACAUUCAAUAUGGUGCACUAUGGUUAUAACACUGUGAUACGCAUUCCAGCCGGUGCUACAAAUAUCGACGUACGGCAGCAUAGUUACUCAGGGAAACCAGAAGAUGAUAAUUACCUUGCAUUGUCAAGCAAUGAGGGCUUCAUAUUAAAUGGAGACUAUGUUGUCAGUAUGUUUAAGAAGGAAAUCAAAAUUGGAAAUGCUGUCAUAGAAUACAGUGGCUCAGACACUCCCAUUGAACGAAUCAAUUCUACUUACCGCAUUGAUCAAGAAAUAGUUCUUCAGGUUUUAUCGGUGGGUAAUUUAUAUAACCCUGAUGUCCGAUACACAUUCAAUAUCCCCAUUGAAGAUAAACCUCAGCAGUUUUAUUGGAAUGUCUAUGGACCUUGGCAGCCCUGCAGUAAACUCUGCCAAGGGGAACGAAAAAGGAAACCUAUUUGCACCCGGGAAUCCGAUCAGCUCACGGUAUCUGACCAAAGAUGUGAUAAAAUUUCCCAACCUGAUCCAGUAACAGAGCUGUGUAAUUUAAAUUGUGAAUUAAGGUGGCAUAUUGUGAGAAAGAGUGAAUGCUCUGUGCAGUGUGGAAUGGGCUAUAAAACUCUGGAAAUUUCCUGUGCCAAGUACAGCAAGCUUGAAGGCAAAAUUGAAAAGUAUGAUGACCGAUACUGUAGUGGCAUAUCCAAGCCGAACUCUAGGGAAAAGUGUUCAGGAGACUGCAACACUGGAGGAUGGCGCUACUCGGCCUGGACUGAAUGCUCCAAGAGCUGUGGUGGUGGCACAAAGAGGCGUCGAGCAGUCUGCAUGAAUACAUUCAAUGAUGUUUUGGAGGAUAGUAAAUGCAGCCAGCAGGAAAAAGUGACAGCACAGCGGUGCAACGAACUCCGGUGCCCACACUGGAAAACAGGAGAUUGGUCAGAAUGUUUGGUAACCUGUGGAAAAGGGCACAAGCAUCGGCAAAUCUGGUGCCAGUUUGGAGAAGAUCGGAUCAAUGACAGACUUUGCGAUCUUGAGGCCAAACCAGAUUCCAUGCAAGAUUGCCAGCAGCAAGAAUGUGCAGCUUGGCAAGUAGGACUGUGGGGCCAGUGCACAGUAACCUGUGGGCAAGGCUAUCAGAUGAGGGCAGUGAAAUGUGUUGUUGGUGCCUACAUCUCUGUAGUAGAUGAUAAUGAAUGCAAUGCUGCAACCAAGCCAACAGAUACACAGGACUGUGAAACAGUGCCAUGUCGUCUCCAUCCUAGCAGUCCAGAAAUUAAGCAAAGCAGUCACAGAACCCAGUGGAGAUUUGGAUCCUGGACUUCUUGUUCUGCUACCUGUGGGAAAGGCACCAGGAUGAGGUAUGUCAGCUGUCGUGAUGAUCAUGGCUCUGUGGCUGACGAAGCUGCCUGUUUCCAUCUUCCAAAACCAUCAGCAACAGACGCGUGUCUUGUAAUAUCUUGUGGCCGGUGGAAAGCCAUGGAAUGGAGCCCAUGCUCUGUAACUUGUGGGCAAGGUAAGGUGACCAGGCAAAUACUCUGCGUAGACUACAAUGACCAGAGUAUCGAUAGAAAUGAGUGUGAUGCUGAAGAUAUCCUUGCGACAGAGCAGGACUGCUCUAUGCCAUCGUGUCAGCAGAUCAACCCGGGUAACAGACCCACUAAUCCUUUUCCUUACCCUGACUAUCAUCAAAAAAACAAUCGAGGCGGGCACCCAAACCGAAAUCAAGGUCAUGGACAUGGCGGCAACCAGUGGCGAACUGGGCCAUGGGGAGCAUGCUCAAGUACCUGUGCUGGUGGAUUUCAACGGCGAGUAGUCGUAUGCCAGGAUGAAAAUGGAUAUGCUGCUGAUAAUUGUGAUGCAAGGAUGAAACCAGAUGAGCUAAGAUCCUGCGAAUCGGGACCCUGCCCUCAGUGGGCCUAUGGAAGCUGGAGUGAGUGUACAAAGUCAUGUGGUGGAGGAACCAGAACGAGACUAGUUGUAUGCCAGCAUUCCAACGGAGAGAGAUUUACUGAUCUGAGCUGUGAAAUCCUUGACAAACCACCAGACCGCGAGCAGUGCAAUAUGCAGGACUGUCCCCGAGAAGCUGCCUGGAAUGCUGGUCCUUGGAGCUCGUGUUCUGUUACUUGUGGACGAGGACAGAAGUACCGAGAAGUAUAUUGCAUGUCGAAGGAUGGGAAACUUUUAGAAAACAGUCUUUGUACACAACUGGCUAAACCAAAUGUGCUGAGGAAGUGUAGAGGUGGCAGGUGCCCAAAAUGGAAAUCAGGAGACUGGGGACAGUGUUCAGUAUCCUGUGGGAAAGGAAUUCAGCGGAGAAAUGUCUUCUGCCAGUUUACUGCUUCAAAAACAGCUAGAGAAACUGAAUGCCGUCAGUCAAGCAGACCAGCUUCUGAACAGGAAUGUCAAAUGGCCGAAUGUUCAUUCUAUUAUUGGAAAACGGGGGACUGGCAAGAAUGUAGCAAAACCUGUGGCAAGGGGUCUAGAUACCGGAAACUUAUCUGUGUGGACCAAAACAUGCAAGAAGUUGAUAGUCUUCACUGUGAUCCAAACAAGAGGCCAUCCGAUGUUGAGAUUUGCACCUUACCCCCAUGUGAAUACAUUUGGAUUACAGGAGACUGGUCAGAGUGCUCUGUGACCUGUGGUAAAGGCUACAAGCAAAGGCUGGUUUCCUGCAGUGAAAUUUAUACAGGGAAAGAUCACUAUGAAUAUGGUUAUCAGAACACUGUCCACUGUCCAGGCACACCACCACCAAAUGUGCAGUCAUGCUAUCUAGGCGAGUGCCCUGUUUUGGCAUCGUGGAGAGUUGGAAAUUGGGGAAGUUGUUCAGUGACUUGUGGAAUUGGGGUGAUGCAUCGGUCAGUUCAGUGCCUCACAAACAAUGACCAAGCAAGUACCUUGUGCCUUGAUGAUUUAAAACCUGAGGAAAGAAGGCCAUGCCACAACAUCCAUAAUUGUGAGCUACCAACAAGCUGCAAAGAGGCAAAAAGACUCAAAGUCAUCAUUGAGGAUGGUGAAUAUUUUCUAAAAGUUAAAGGAAGACUUUUAAAGAUAUAUUGUGCUGGCAUGGACUCUGAUAGCCCCAAAGAAUACAUCACUUUGGUAAAUGGUGAUGCGGAGAAUUUCUCAGAAGUCUACAGCUACAGGUUGCAUAACCCAACUGAAUGUCCAUAUAAUGGAAGCCGAAGAGAGAAUUGUCAGUGUAGGAAAGAUUACACAGCAGCUGGGUUUUCUGCCUUCAGCAAAGUAAGGCUGGACCUGAAUGCUAUGCAGAUAAUAACUACCGACUUACAGUUUGCACAGACACUUGAUGGGAGACCUGUUCCUUUUGCCACUGCUGGGGAUUGCUACAGUGCAGCCAAAUGCCCACAGGGUCGCUUUAGCAUCAACCUCUCUGGAACCGGCCUGUCAGUAACGCAGACCUCAAAGUGGCUUUCACAAGGAAAUUACGCUGUUUCUGAAAUCACAAGAUCUCCUGAUGGUACCAAAGUAAUAGGAAAAUGUGGUGGUUACUGUGGAAAAUGUACUCCAUCGUCUGGAACUGGCCUCGAUGUUCAAGUGUUAUAGCAAUGGAUUUCUUAAUGCCGGGAGCUUAAGCAAGAUGGAUGAAGGACAAUUAAGCAAUACCUCUGCCUUCCUUUUUUUUUUUUAUUUCUAUGUUUGUGUGUGUAUGUGUAUGUGCGUGUAUAUGUGUAUGUGUGAGAGAGAGAAAUGUACGUAAUGUGCCUUUUUAAAAAAAAGUAUGAUUGUAUCUGUGUAUGUAUGCAUACGUGUAUGUGUGUACAGUAUAUUCUUGAAGUUCUAAUGUAUUAUAUUUAUGUCCGGAAUUAUUUAUUUUGAUUUAAUAUUUUUGUAUGUAAAAUUUUAUAUUAAAGCUGCUUAUCCUCUGUUCUUUUUUUUAAAAAAAAUUAAACCUUGCAGUCACACCACUGCAUUUUUACAUAUUCUACAUCAUAUGUAGCAUUUUGACAAAAGUGAUAUGUUUAUUGUCACUGUAUUCAGUUGUUUACCUUCAUUCAGUAAUUUCUCUUCUUGUUACAGGCUGCACUGAUAUUUGUAAGGUGCUAACUGGUUUUCAUUAAGGUAUUUCUGGCAUUUUAAAACCAAUUCUUCCUUAUGAGGAAAAUAAUUAUUGUUAUUAAAUUUAUAUAGCAAUCAGUACUUUGCAGAGAUUUAGUGAACACGCAUGGUAGUAUUUAUGCUUUAUCAAUAACUAUAUCUUACAUAUUUGUAAUGGCAUGUAAUUUCCAUUGACUAAUCCUAUAAAAGUCACUGGUUUGGUGCUAAUAUGAUAAUAUUUAUUAAUAACCUGUAGGCUUUAAAAGCUAAUUCUUUGCCUUGUCUUGUGGCAAUGGAGAAUGAGUAAUUAAAUUUGUGUAAAAUGAGAAUUGGUUCAAAUAUUAGUUUAAGACAGACAAAGCUUUUACCUACAUUGGAUGAAGGCCUAAUAUUAUUCAGAAAUUUAUGAGCGGUUCCUUCUUCAGAGAAAUUAUUUUCAGUGAUAGGAUUUGUGUGUGCUAUCAUACUGGCAACAUAUAGCCACAAGGAACAGUUACUAUCAGUCUGGAUCAGUGGUCUUCAAAAUUGGAAGUUAAAAUAUGGAAAGUAAACGAAUACUGAAGAAAAAAUUCUCUAAAAAUUAGACAUUUGAAUUUUUUGCCUAAAAUUUCAUAUUAGCAGGAACCAUGUUUUUAAACAUGGUUUUAAAGAGAAGUUUCAAUAUAUGGGAUCUGGAUCUGGAUCUGGGAUCUAACCCAAGCUCCAAGAAUUGAGUUUCUGCUGAGGAACAAUAUACUUAUUUUUCAAGCAAACAUAAUGGAACACAAAAAUAUUUUGCCUUAAUUAGAGCUAUACAAUUAGUCCUAUACAAUCCUUCUGCUAUUAAAAAUUGAUUGUUCAAACAAAUUACAGAAUCAUUACUAACAAGGAAAAAAUAAUGUACACUAAUCCAUAUACAUAUUGAUGAAAUUCUGGAAUUGCUAUAUAUGCUAUAUCACAGCAUAUAUUCCUUUCAGGAAUUAGAUGAAUCUGCAAUACAUACUGCACUAUUUUUCAAAAAAAACCAAGUACAUAUGGAUCAGAUCACAAUUGCUAUAUUUAAAACAUUUCUACUCUAGAGCAAUGCAGAGCAGAAUCAUUUUUGUGUGUUUACAUUUGCUCCAAAAAUAAUUCGCAAAAAUCAGAAUAUUUAAUUUCUGUUAUUGAGAAGUCAGUAAUACCAGAAGGUUGUUUUUUCUGCCAGAUAUACCACAUGAAGAAGAGAUGUUAUGUCUAAUUUCCCUAUUUGUUUUUUUCAAACUAACUUUUUAUCUGCAAGAUUGAUAAGCACACAUACCUUAUUUUAUUAAUUUUAGCUGAGUUUUAAUUAUUGCAUGGUAAGAUUUCAGAACUUAAUAGUCAUCUACUACUGGAGCAAAGCCAUUUCUCUUGUGGCAAACUUGAUAUCCCUAAUAACAGUUAUACCUUAAAAUCAGUAAGUUAUAAACUUAAUAAAGUUGGUUACAUUUUCCAAUAUAAACAGCUUCCAAAAAAAUAUUACACCACCAUGUUCAUUAUGCAUUUGCAAGUCGCCCCAUGAGUUAUUGUUUUAUUUUUUUAAAAAAAAUAUCUAAGCCAUUUGCUUAUCAACUACUGGGCAGAUUUAGAAAAAUUAAAUGAUUCUACUGUAAACCUCCCUGAAAUAUCUGUCCCUUUACAAUAAUUUAUGUUGAACUCCUUCUCUGACAUAAAAAGGGUUGUCAGCGAAAUCUGAUUCAAAAUAAACACAUUGUAUUAAUAUCAAAAGAAUUGAUUAAUAUAGCAUUGCAUAUUCUAAUAUCAAAUGCAUUUUUGCUCUCACUAGUUUAGGUCCAAUAGCUUGUGACCAGUCUGAGAAGACAAAGUACAAACAAGGUUCUCCACAAAGAGUUCCAUAUCUCCAGGUACUUAGGUCUUCCAAGCUCAUUUACCUAACUGCUAGAUCAAAAUUAUUAUUUUGACUGAACAGAUAAAAUAAUCAUCUUUACAAAUAUGCCCAAAUGUUAAGAAACUCCCAGCCAGGCAGGGAGGAGGGGUCAAGCUUAGAACUAGCCUUGAGUCCUUGCUCAGCCACAAAAGGCAUAAGCCAAAGACCUCUUCCAAGUUCCAUGGAACCUCAUCUGUUGUUUCCCAAGAGAAGGCAAACAGUCUGGGGAGAUUCUUGUAUUAUAGGUAGAACGCAACAAAGUAGAUGAACUUUUCAUGAAUGGAUCUGGUUGCUUCCAGCUGGCACCAGACCACAAACUACCCAUCUUUUAUACAUUUAUUCUUGCUGUGGAUCAGUAAGAUAAUGGCCAUCAAUAUGAUUUCUCCUGAAUGUUCUCACUUUCACUGUGGAGCAUAAGCUGUUCCUUGGUUCUAUUGAUAAAUAGCAAAAUACUGUUUUUUAAUCCGCUUUACAGUUAUUAUAGGAUGAUUUCUGAUGAGAAGCAUAUAUGAAUAUCUUUAACAAAUAAUGAAAAAAAAAACAUGUUUCUUACAAGUAUUCACAGCUAAUAGAUUUCAGAACUGAAUAAAUUCAGGCAGGUCAAAAUGUUAAAUAUACAUUAUAGAUUUAAAUAAAUAUUAAAAGGUGUAUUUUUUAAAAAGGAAAAAUGCCAAAAAUACCUUUUAGAGUACAUUUUAUGAAAAUACUGUGUAGUAUAAAGGAGUAGUGAUUUUGUUACAAUAUCACUCAUUUUUUAAAAUGUUCUGUAGGGAAAAGGGAAACUUGCACUGUAAGCAUUUAGACAGAAAUAUGGUGCUUAACUCCAUCUGCUAUUUUUCAGUAAUGAGGUGACUGAGUAUUUAUACAAAAAUAUAUUUUAAAAACCCUAUACAUUCCUUUAUACUAAGUAGUAUUAUGAUGAUGUCUAUCAAUGGUGCAAAAAAAGGAAAGAAAAUGAAUGACAUAUAAGGAGGUUACGAUAGUUACUAAUUUUUAGGUGGAUUACUUCUUUUUUUUUCCAACAAGAGGACCACCGAAUGAUUAAGCAGUUCUUGUAAUAUAUACAUAUACUUUUGUAAGGAUCCCAUUAAUCUUUAUGAAAUUCAAUAAUAUUUGCAAGCACUUUUGUUAUCUUGCUUUCUUAUUUUUUAAUUAUUUUACUUUUCCUUUUGGGUCAGUAAAAGAAAGGGGUAAAUAAUGUUUCAGUGAUUUUCUUUUAUUGAUCACAUUCUGCUGCAUUGGAUAGGUGCUUUCCUAUGGACAAAAACAAAAUGUAUACAUAGGAUGAAUAAAAUGAAUUUUUAAAAAAGUA